AUGCUCUGGUCCGAAACUUAUCUUAAGAACAAUAACACUUUGUGUUUUUCACAUCCUCGACUACUCCACAAAUUCAUUUGUUCGUGUUGCGGUAUGUAUUUCAGCUCUCUAUUCAUAGUCUUUGGUGAAAACGGAAUGGGAGAAGACACGUGGAGCCUCCAACACCGGUCUCAGUUAACAAAACUGAUUGACAAGAGUAUGAGAAACCGACUAAGUACCUUGGUAUUGACUGAAUCACCCGUUUUUGAAGGCGGGCUGCGAUAUUGGUUUAGUACCCAUUGAC